CACCGUGUUCGCUCAGCUGGACGUUUCGGAGUUUCACCGCAGACGGAAACAUGCCGAGCAAGAGGAAGAAGAACAAGCGGAGGAUGAGGAGAUCGCAAGCCCAGCGGAGGGCGCUAGAGGAGCAGCAUGCCACCGCUGGGAAAGGAACUGUUGGGCUGAGAGUUUAUAAAGGCUCUAAGGGCCCAAAAGCAACUUCAUCCGAAACUCCAGUGGUGAAGCCCCUGACAGAUCCAGUUAAAGCUCUGGAUGAAGUCCCUGACUCAGUCGAGCAGGCAGAGCAUCAUCAGAUGGAAACAUCAGGAGAUGCUUCAGCCCCAACACAAGCAGCUGUAGUAGCUCCAGAACAAACAGCCACAAGGGCUCCAACAGAAAAAGCUGUAGAGGCUCCAGCAGAAGCAGCUAUAGAAGUUUCAGCAGAAGAAGCUGUAGAGCUUUCAGUACAGAAAAGUGUUGAUCUUUCAGCAGAAGAAUCUGAAGAGGCUCCAACAGAAAUAACUGCAAAGGCUCCAGAAAAAGCAGUGGUAGAGGUACUAGCAGAAGCAACUAUAGAGGUUCCAGCAGAGGAAUCUGUAAAGGUUCUAGAUGCCCCAGCAGAAGAAUCUGAAGAUUCUCCAACAGAAAUUACUGCAAAGGCUCCAGGAAAAGCAGUGGUAGAGGUACUGGCAGAAGCAACUGUAGAGGUUCUGGCAGAGGAAUCUGUAAAGGUUCUAGAUGCCCCAGCAGAAGAAUCUGAAGAUUCUCCAACAGAAAUUACUGCAAAGGCUCCAGAAAAAGCAGUGGUAGAGGUACUAGCAGAAGCAACUGUAGAGGUUCCAGCAGAAGAAUCUGUAAAGGUUCUAGAUGCCCCAGCAAAAGAAUCUGAAGAUUCUCCAACAGAAAUUACUGCAAAGGCUCCAGAAAAAGCAGUGGUAGAGGUACUAGCAGAAGCAACUGUAGAGGUUCCAGCAGAGGAAUCUGCAAAGGUUCUAGCACAGGAAUAUGUAGAUGCCCCAGCAGAAGAAUCUGUAGAGGCUCUAGCAGAAACCGCUGCAGAGGCGUCAGCACAAGCAGUUGUAGAGGCUCCCGCAGAAGAAACUGCAGUGGAAGAGGAAAAUAUCUCCCCUCAAGACUCUGCGAUGGUAAACAUUGAGGCUGAGGAACAUGCUGUUGCUCUGGUGGUCAGAGAGGACAGUGCUGGACCAGCUGAGCAGGAGCCAGAACCCGAAACCGAAACAGAGUCCAAAUUGAAAUCAGACGAUUGUGCAGCUGAAGCUGAUCCUGAAUCUGCUUCAGAAAUGGCCACACAAUCUAUUCCUCAAACAGACGAACACACGGAAACUUCUGAGUUUGAGGAUCUCGGAUCCAGAGAAGACUUCACAGUGGAGACUAGCACUGCAGAACCACUGCUGUGUUCUUGUCCUGAUCCGGUUCCUGAACCUGAACUUCUGUCUAAACACAUCACUCCUACCGUUCCAUCACCCACACAGAGUGAGGACGGUGUGGAGGCUAUCGGUGGACUCCUGACUGCUGCUAAGGCUUCCAUUGAUGGUUAAGGCACGAGCGGUCAGUGUGAACUUGGUCAUCACACAGUGUUGAUGGUAAACUCAUUGAUCAGUCUAACAUCAUCUGUGUCUUUGUACAGUUUAACCCCAAAGACCUGUUCUCAGACACACGCUAACAAAAAGGAAGUGAAUCUAAAAGUGGCUUCCUGACUUUCCCGCGAGAGCACUGCUUCAUUGUUAUAAAUGUGGAUUGUAAAUGAUGUGUUUUGCAUCCUCUAAUGAUCUAGAAUCGUUUUGAAACUACUGAAAACUGCUUUCUAACUGGAUGAAUGUUUGUAUGUUUUUUACUGGAGAUUUGAUGUUUCUGGACUGGACCAAAUCUCCUCCAGCUACAAGUAAGAUCCAGUAUGAUGACUCAUUCUCAGAAUGAUCAAUAAUUAAUCCGAUUUUCUCACAAACGCUCCCUGUGAAUAAUCCUGAAAGUAUUUUUACAGCAGAAAUGUUUGUACUUGUCUUCAGCUUUUUAAAAGUGAACUGUUUAUGAUUUGGUCUGGGAAUCUGUUCAGUGUCCUUCUUUUAAGAUUACCUUUCUUUCUGUAUUUUGUAGACUAGAUGGAUUAAUAUAAAGCAUGAGUAAAAUAUAUAAAAUGUGAGUUUGAC